AUGCGGACGGUGAAAAAACAAUUUGGUUAUGAAGUCAAGUAUGGGAAGGCAUGGAAGGCAAAGGCAAAUGCUAUUAGGAUGUUGUAUGGUGGUUACGAAGAAGCAUACAACCAGCUCCCGAGGUUGUUGGGCGCGAUUGCACAUAGGAACCCGGGCAUGUUUCAUGUGGUCAAUGAUCACGAGGGAGUGUUCCAUUGUGCCUUCUGGAGUUAUGGACAAUGUGUGGAGGCGUUUGAGCAUUGUCGUCCGGUCUUGUCUAUAGAUGGCACAUUCUUGACCGGUAGAUACAAGGGCACACUAAUGGUAGCAAUGGCUCACUCAUCAAACGACAACGUGUUGCCAGUGGCAUUUGCUUUGGUGCCUUUCGAGCACCAAGACAACUGGGAGUGGUUCAUGGGUCAUGUUAGGCACAAGGUGAUUGGGGCUAGGGAGCUAUGCAUCAUAUCGGACCGGCACCAUGGCAUACUCAAGGCAAUGGACAUUGUUAUUCCAGGAUUUCCAAAGCUUCACCACAGAUGGUGCAUGAGGCAUUUCGUGGCCAACUUUUACCGGGCAUGUAAGAGCAAGGAGCCCAGCAAAGACCUUGCCCAUGUAUGUGUGGCCUUCACCACUGAUGCUUUCGAUGCUCGGUACAACAAGCUCUUCGCAGCGAUGAACGAAGGGGGAAAAGAAUUCUUAACUAGGAAUUUCAGCGAGAAGCACAAGUGGGCACGCGCUCAUGACGAUGGUGGUAGGCGAUAUGGCGACAUGACGAGCAAUCUGGUUGAAUGUUUCAACAAUGUGCUCAAGGGUGCUCGUUCAUUGCCGGUGACUGCAAUAGUGGAGUACCCCUUCUUUAAGCUUAAUGAGUACUUUCAGAGGCAUUCUGAAGAGACUGCAUCUUGGAUAGGUGAAAAAAUGGAUUAUCCGGAAAAGGUUGAUGAAUGGCUGCAGUUACAAGCAAGCAAGUCUUCACAACAAGUUAUCGUAUUCGACAAAAUUGAAAUGAUCUAUCAAAUUGAUGAGCCAGGUGGCACAACACGAGACGGUAAACAAUAUGGUGGUGCUGCAUAUGAGGUGCGUCUCAAGACUCAGUGGUGCCAGUGCGAGAGGCCUAGUAAGUAUCAUUGGCCAUGCUCGCAUUUGAUAACGGCGGUGAAGGCGAGAAACAUACAUGUUUGUGAUGGAAAACCCGUGCGGAUGCAAGAGUUCCAUGUGGAAGCUACUAGGUUGACAUGGGCGCCUCGAUUUCACCCUUUCUUGGACCAAUCAUAG